AUGAUAAGUAACCAGACUUUCACAGUGACAGAGUUUCUCUUCUAUGGAUUCCCCCAGUUGGAAGAAGGUAGCCUCCUCUUCUUCAUUCCUCUGCUCAUCAUCUACAUAUUCAUUGUUAUUGGGAAUCUCACUGUGUUUUUUGCAGUCAGGAUGGAUAUUCACCUCCACAAACCCAUGUAUAAUUUCAUCAGCAUUUUCUCAUUUCUGGAGAUCUGGUACACCACUGCCACAAUUCCCAAAAUGCUCUCCAACCUCAUCAGUAAGCAGAAGACCAUCUCCAUGACUGGCUGCCUCUUGCAGAUGUACUUCUUCCAUUCACUGGGAAAUUCGGAGGGGAUUUUGCUGACCACCAUGGCCAUUGACAGAAUCAUCACUGUGAUCCUGAGGAUUCCCUCUGUUGAAGGCCGCCAGAAGGCCUUUUCUACCUGUGCAGCCCAUCUUGGUGUCUUUCUUAUGUUCUAUGGCAGUGUGUCCCUCAUGUACCUGCGUUUCUCUGCCAAAUUCCCACCAAUUUUGGACACCGCCAUUGCACUGAUGUUUGCAGUUCUUGCUCCCUUUUUCAACCCCAUAAUCUACAGCCUAAGAAAUAAGGACAUUAAGAUUGCAAUUAAGAAGCUUCUUUGUAUUCAGAAGAUGUAAGUUAAUGCUAGAUCAUAGGUAACUCUCACUAUAGAUGUUACUCUAACAUACUAACCCAUAAAAUUAAAAUAUAUCUCAUUUACUUUCACACUGGUAUUUGUGUCUGUUUA